GAUAAGUAGUGUGAUUUGUUGCUUCUAUCAUCUUGUCUUUCAGAUAUAUAUUGAUUGUCGUUUUGGGCUUUGCAGUUGUUUCUCUGUAUUUGUUUCCCCCCCCCUUUGGGGCUAUCUUAGAGUAUAUAGCUAUAUAUAUAUAUAUAUAUGUAUGUUUUUUCUGUAGCCAGUUUUUUCCUCUUAGGUUGUUUUCACCCUAGCCUGCGGCUAUCAGGGGGUUAAUUCGGCGCCUCCCCUCUCUCCUAGUUAUCGAGCGCUCUGUCAUUUCUUUUAGGCUUGUCACCCUUGCUGUGCCCUCUUCUGCUGCACCUCCCUCCCCCCCUUGUGAUCGGACGGGCUCUUUUCCCGCCGCCGCUUACCUCCGUGCGGCUGCGGCGGCUCUCCCUUUCAUCCUUGCAGGCGCGCCCGAGAUCUCGCGAGAUCUCGGGCGCUUCCGCUUCCGGUUGGCGUCUUCUCACGAUCGGAGCUGCCGGCGCCUCGGUCCGUCCCUCUUCUCGUCCUUUCUUGUUGCUUUAGGUUUUUUCUUCCCUCUGUCUGGCCUGGGGCAAAUCCCCUUGCCGGCACAUUACCACUCACUCCGCAGCGCCAGGCUAUUAACCCUUCGGGGGAGGAUCCUGGCCUGCUCAGGUUAUUUAUCCCAGUUAUAAUUUAGGCAUCAGUUUGUUUUGGCAGCCCUAUUACCAACCGGUCAACAUGCCUAACCAUGUGCAUAGUGGCCAGGGCCCUGCAGCAGAGGAUGUCCCUCUGGUUGAAUUAACCCCUUCAGGGGAGGUUGCUCAUACUCUGGCCCCUGGUGACCAGCCCAUUGAUUUUCAGGCAUCACUGUCUAACGCCAUAGCCGCGGCCAUGGGGUCUAUGACGUCGGUCAUUUCACAGACAAUUGCCCAGGCCCUUGCGGCCCAUCCCGCUACCUCCCAAACCCCGCAGCCCGUCAUGGUGUCCUCACCCACCGGGCCAGGGCCAUCUGCCUCCAGAAAACGAAAUAACGGUGAUGAUGUUUCCACCAAUGUUGGCGCGCUUGGUCCGCGCAAGAGAGCCCGUACGCGUCGGGCAGAACGCACGCGCAACUGGAAAAGUGCUAGAGCACUGCAGGAAAUGGAUUCCGAUUCUGAGAUCGGAUCUGAGGAGGAGGCUUUAGAUGACGCCUUUGAGGAGGCAGAGGAGGACCCAUCAGGGGUCAUGGAAGAUAACCCCUUACCCGGGUGCAGCUCCAGAGUUUCGGCAGCAGAUGUGUCCUUGACGGACCCAUCAGGGGAACCGCUCUUUGACCCGGAUUCCCUACACCACCCUCGGUCUGCGGAGUGGUUGCCGUUGGAGCACGUCUCCAAAUAUUUGGAGGCCCGCGUGCGUUGCCCCCUCUCCAAAGAGGCGCGCAACAAGCUUAGGGCAGAAUGCCCCAGACCCAUAAUCCCGAACAGGGUUUGCGAGACUCCAGCGGUAGACCCCAAAAUGACCCAAUUCCUCGCCAAAUCUGGGUGGAAUCCGAGAAAGGGUCUGGAGUCAGCCCUGCGUGCGUGUCAGGACAAGCUCCUGGACAUAUUUGGCCCCCUGGCAAAGAUUUUCGACUUGGCCGAGGUUGCCAAGGUCGAGGGUAAGCAGGUAGACCCUCUAGAGCUGCGCGAGUGGGUACAGCGUGCGAUUUGCGUAGCAGGAAACGUUAACACGUCCCUGGCUAUUGAACGGCGCAAGGCCAUACUUUUUAAGGUUGAGCCUAAACUCUCCAACUUGGCGCUUACUGAAGCCGGUAAGGAGGCUCAGGGCCUGCUGUUUGGCGAGUCCUUUAUUAAAGACUUAGGACGGUUCGUCGGUGCUUUUACAGCACUCGAUAAGGCCCAAAGUUCGAUGAAGCGGGUGUUUCACGGUAGGGUCUCUACCAGGGCCGGCAGUUUCAGGGGCCGUCUGUCCGGCCGUGCCCAUUUUCAGUCCCGUGCUACGGGCAGAGGCUCCUUCUCCCAGAGACCUGUGUUCCAGGAGCAGAGGCGGGAGUCAUCAUCCUUUUUCCCUUCCCGGGGAGGAUCCUGGAGGCCUAGAGGAUACAGAGGAAACCCUGGUUCCAGACGACCUUAUGGUUGAGAUCGGUCAGUUCCGUGGUGUCCUUUGUUCUACGUCCUGGUUCGGAGGGUCGGCAGUUCGGUUCCAGCCGGUGAUGUGACGUGGACGGCUUCAGGGAGUUUCUUCAAGGUUGUUCCUGGUGUUCCUGUUCGCUUCCGGAUGGAUGGCGUUUUUGUUCCCAGGCUGUUCCGGUUCCUGGUUGGCGGUUCGGUUGGACUGUUCGGUUCGGAUUUACAAAGAAAGAGGAGGAUUGGCAGGCGGUGUGGCCUGUUAUAGAGAGACUAUGGGGAGGGGCUGAUGACAUGUUUCAAUAUUUUUAUUUGUUCUUUGCUGCUAUUGGUCAGAGUAAA